AUGGUUCUCAUCCAGCAAGCUCUGCGCUCCCAGUCGGCCCGCAAGGCCGCGCCCGCCCUCGCCCGCGGCCUCGCGACGCCCGCCUUCACCACUCAGAACGCUGGCGGUGUCAAGGUCGCGAGCAGCGAGGACGGCUCGCGGACGAGCUCGAUCUCUGUCGUCGUCAAGAGCGGUGCACGCUACGAGCCCGCCCCUGGCGUCGCGCACGUCCUCAAGAACUCGGUCUUCAAGGCCACCAACAAGCGCAGCCAGAUCCGGUUGGUGCGCGAGACGGAGGCGCUCGGAGGUGUCCUCUCGACUUCGCUUUCGCGGGAGCACCUUGUCUUGACGGCCGAAUUCCUCAAGGGUGACGAGGCGUACUUUGCGGAGGCACUGGGCGACGCCGUCACGCAGCCCAAGUUCCCGGUUUACGAGUACAACGAGGAGGUUGUGCCGCAGGUGCAGGCCGAGUACGAGCAGGCGAUCCACGACUCGCGCGUGUACGCGUUCGACCUCGCCCACCAGCUCGCGUUCCGCAAGGGACUCGGCAACUCGCUCUUCGCCUCGCCUCACACCGCCGUCGACCACUCCACCCUCGUCUCGUUCGCGCAGGCCUCGUUCGCUCCCUCCAACAUCGCCGUCUUUGGCCAGAACGUCGACGCCGGCAAGCUCGCCUCGCUCGUCUCCGACUUCUUCGCCUUCGGCUCCUCGUCCUCCUCCAUCUCGACCCCUCAGUCGCAGUACUACGGCGGUGAGGUCCGCAUCCCCGCCGUCGGCCACUCGUCGACCGACGAGCUCUUGAUCGCGUUCAAGGGCGCCGCCCGCACCGAGGUCGACUACGCCGUCCUCGCUGUUCUCCUCGGCGGCCAGGCAUCCGUCAAGUGGGGUGCAGGCGCUUCGCCUCUCGCCAAGCUCGCGACGUCGACCUCGUCCGCCAAGGCGUUCAACCUCGGCUACUCGGACGCCGGUCUCUUCGGUAUCUCGGUGUCGGCAAAGACGAACGACGUGGCCGAUGUCGCGACCAAGGCUCUCUCCGAGCUCAAGAACGUCGCCAACGGCGUCAGCGACGAGCUCGUCAAGCAGGCUGUCGCAAAGGCCAAGUUCGCGGCCGCUGCUGCGCUCGAGACGAGGGAGGGCAAGACCUUGGUCCUCGGCGAGCAGCUCGCGUCCGGCGGCGAGGCCCCUGCGAUCGACGACAUCUUUGCCAAGCUCGACAAGGUCACCGGCGAGUCGCUCGCCAAGGCCGCCAAGAACGCUCUCGCAAGCAAGCCCACCACCGUUGCCGUCGGCAACACCCACGCUCUUCCCUACGCCGACUCGCUCGGCCUCUAA